AGCGCCCCCUUCUCUCUUCGUGUAUGCGGAGAGAAAAAAAGGAGCGGAGAUAUCGGUACAGCGAGAGCGGACUGUUGAAUUAUAAAUAAUAAUUAUUAUAAAACAAAGAACACCAGCGGACGGAAACACAAGCUAACUGAAUAACGUAAAUAAACAACGGCUUUAUUGCUGACUACGGAGGAAAUUAGCCAGGACGAAGACAGAUAAAUCUGAAGAAAAGAAAAAAAAAAGCGGCCUAUUUUUGUUCUGGGAUCUAGACAAGCCAGGACUGCAGCUUAGGGCCGUUGUAAACAACAAAAAAAAUAAAUGUCAUGCUGCCAGGGUUGUUAUGUUUCUUCUUCAAACACGAGAAAGAGGAGCCCUGAAUCAUUCGCUCAAUCGCUUGCCGGAGUUAAGUCCUGCUGCCGAACGAGAAGCGGCCUGUUUUGUUUUUGUAACUGCACCGCCAUGCGAUACAGCUGCAGACAAUAAACAAAUGUGUGAUUAUUAAUUCCCUUUUAAUUCUCUGAAUGCAUUGGACCGGAGCAGGGGCAGGGGGCAGAAAAACGCAAGUUUUUUCCCCCAGAAACAACCCCUGGCAUCAAAGAGGAUCAGGAAAGUGAAAAAGAAUCGAAACUGUGGGCGCUCGGGUGGGAUGUUGGUAUAGCUGUAUACUACAACUAGUAAUGGGAAACCAGCUUUGAGACCUGCAGAGCGCCGCCAGCGUUUUGUUGUUGAAUAAUAAUAAUAAUACUGCAAUGGAAGAUAAGUGAAUCGCUUUCAGGAAAUAAAACAUUUGGGGAUUUGUUUUCUACUGAAUUUUAAACAAGAUAAAAUCGCAUUGGUUUGCUAAAUCGAUUGGUGGAAAGAAACGUUUUAAUUGAUAAUGUUUAUUUGGGCGUAUUUCGUGCCGUGGAAGAGAGGAAAGCGCUAAUCAGCAAUGGUGCUGCGCUUGUUCUUUUACUAUUAACUUGAAUUUAGACUUUGGUGUGAGUGUAUUGCCAGCCAGUAUAUAAAUAAACCCACAUUCUCCCUUCAAGAGGAGACUGUACAAUCCAGUUAAAAUGUGUUCAUGUUCACCGUAAGACGUGCAUGCUCACUGUGUUUGGAAACUAGGGCUGGACUGCCUUACCAAGCACAGUCUACCACAUUUUAAUUGCUGUCCAAAAAAAAUAAGAUAGUGGAAACGGUUGGAUCUGUUGUAUGGUGGUGGUGUGUUUUUUUUUUUUUUUUUUUUUUUCCUUCUUCUUCCCCUACAACUGGAUACAUCCGGCCUGAAGUUGCUGAGAUGAACCCGGUGAAUGCCACCGCUCUUUAUGUGUCAGCUUGUCGUUCGGUGCUGCAGUGCGAUCCGAGGGACCCACAGUCCUUCACGGAGCUUUACAAGCUCUUACCGUUCUUCAGGCAGUCUCUUUCAUGCCUUGUUUGUGGGAACUUGCUGCAAGAUCCAAUAGCUCCAACCAACUCCACUUGUCAGCAUUAUGUGUGCAAAGCCUGUAAGGGUAAGAAAAUGAUGAUGAAACCUUCUUGCAGCUGGUGUAAGGACUAUGAACAAUUCGAAGACAACAAGCAACUUUGUAUUUUAGUGGACUGCUACCGGAAGCUCUGUGAGUAUAUUGCUGAGUCACCAUUAGCCCAGCAAAUAGCCAGUGCUGUUGGAGGUUCCCCAGAUAUUUUGGCUAUGUUGAAAGAGGGAUUGUUGUUAAAUGAGGACGAGCAGGAAGAUUCUCAGGUGGCUGUUUCUCAAAGUUUAUCACGUUCCCCAGUACCUUCAACCUCUGAGAACCACAGCAGCUCGCAGUUAGAGGCAUCUUCAGAGCUUCAUGAACAAGCAGCAGACACAGACAUAUGCCGGACUCGCAUAAAUGGAUUGCAUGACUGUAAUGGGCUCUCAAUGGAUGAGCUGGCAGCCAGCCUCCCUUCAUCAGAAAAUGCUGUCAAUUCCAUUGAUGUAUGCAGCACUGGGAACAACCUCAAAAGUGAGGGCUUUCCUGACGAGCUGCCGACAGUCUGCACUGAAGGUAUAGACAUCUGCAGCUUCAGCGAGGACAUGAAACACAGCAACGACCCUCUUUUGCUGAGCGUUGAGGAGGUGCUCAGAAGCUUGGAGCCGGACCCUGUUACUGAGGACUGCAGUGAGGCCUUGCAGUCUAGCUUGGAGACAACAGACUCACUGAAUGGACCUUUCUCUGAUCCCAAGUUGCCCUCCCUCCCUCUGGACACUGAGGUCUUUGUUUCCUGUCACCCUUGGCCCUCCUCUGGGAUCUCCUGUUCGGCGGCCACCCCCAAAGCAGCAAGGAUGAAUCGCAAACGAUCACGAUCAGAGAGUGAUAGCGAGAAGAUCCAGCCGCUGCCCAUCUCUAGCAUUAUCCAGGUCCCCCCGCUGGCAGCUGCGGUUCCUGCACCGGUUAAGCGGGAGCCCAAGGUCCCGGCCACAGUGCCUAACGGGGGCACUGUCAAGGUGAGUAAAACACUUCUGGUAUCUAACAAAAGCAUCAAGAAGAACCCUGACCAUGGGGCCAAGAAAGCCUACUCAAAGGCCAAACAAGGGGUACCUAAGACCAAGGACAAAAUGAAAGAGCGUCUUCUCUGCAAUAACUUGAUGCCAGGCAGCCCCACCAAAGUUGUGUACAAAAAGCCACAGGAAAAGAAAGGCUGUAAAUGUGGCCGGGCCACCCAAAAUCCAAGUGUUCUUACGUGUCGUGGCCAACGGUGCCCAUGUUACUCUAACCGCAAAGCCUGCUUGGACUGCAUCUGCCGGGGCUGCCAGAACUCGUACAUGGCCAAUGGGGAGAAAAAGCUGGAGGCCUUUGCUGUGCCAGAAAAGGCUUUGGAGCAGACCAGGCUCACGCUGGGCAUCAACGUUACAAGCAUUGCUGUACGGAAUGCAAGCACAAGCGCAAACGUCAUCAAUGUCACAGCCGGUUCUCCUGUCGCCACGUUCCUAGCUGCCAGCCCUCACGAGGACAAAAACUUUGAUGAGACUCUAGACAUGAGGUUUGACUGCUGAGCUCUGUUGAUAUUCUCCUUCAUUCACAUGUUUUUAUGGGAAGGGAGGAGAGGAAGACGAGUCACUACAUUAUUAAGGCAGCUAUGGUUCUGUUCCUGUUCAGUUUUAAAAAUUGCCAAAGUUCUUGCCUAUAAAUCCCUUGUAUAUGAUGUGUUCUGUUUUUCAUACAUUGCAGUUUGGAAUUAGGAGAGUAGUCUUACUGUAAGUUUAAUGCUACUACAAGUGACUUAUACUUCAUGAUCUUUGGCAAGAAAAACUUGACCUCGUUGUUGCUGGUCAUGCUCUGUGCAUAAUUAAAAAAGGUUCAGGUAAAAACAAAUGUAAAAUAAAUGGUACCUGCAAUGUCAGUGGCGAUAGGUUGUAGUCAUAACCUUUUUUAUAUACAACAUACCAGUAAUUCCAUAACAAAAAAUAAAUUGAUAUUUUUUUCUUAAGUAGUAUUUGCAGUAUACCAUCUUACUAAGAACAGUCUAUUUGACAACAGAAUACCAUUUAACAGAUGCAAGGUGGUGAAAUGCAGUAUGUACAGUUUCUGUCUAAAUUAUGUUCCUGUCCUGUUUGUACUAGUUUCUGCUGUCUCAAACAAAAGUGUGCCCCCUUUUUUUUUUGUUGCCUUUAAAAAAUAAAAAAAAAAAAAAAAAAAAAAAUAAUAAUAAAAAAGUAACAUACCUGUAACAUUAAGAGCUCCAUAAAAUGGGGAAAAAUACUGUUGAUUAUUUUUCUCCCCUUCCUAACUGUGAAAUAAAAUCUAUUCACUGUAAUGUGGUAGAUCAUGUAGCCUGGUAAUCCCCUUAAGGCAACAUAUUCACUUCCCUUUUUGGUUGAGUUAUGAAUUGGGAAAUGAGCAGUGUCUUAAAUGCUAUAUUGUGCACAGAUAUCAUCCCUAAUCCUUAUGUAGAUAAGUGUGCAUCUGCCUAAUCAGCACUUCAUGCCUGAAAGGACCCUGUAUUUAAGCACUUAACUUGAUUAAAAGGCCAAAUAGCCACAUUACCUGCUUGGUAGAUCAUAGCAAUAUUUGUUCAAUAUCUUAAAUAUUACCCUCAAGUAUGUCUGUAUACAUGACAUGCACCCUUGUGCUAACUUAAACAAAACACAUCUCAUCAUUAUGCUUAAUUACAUACAGCAUUAACAAAAAGACCACCUUCUAUUACACCUGUGUUUGGGGUUUGUGUUGCAUUGCAUGGAGAAUAUUGCUUAACAUGUAAAGGUUACAGGAUAACUUUUCCAGGAAAGGGUUAGUGUUGGGUUUGGGUGGGAGUGGUUAACAAUUGUCCAUGUCCAAAACACACCAAUUAAUUUCUGCAUGUUAGUAAACUGUUCCACUAUCGACAUACCCACAAAUGGAAGCCACUGAGAUAGUCUCAAUGCAACUUAUGAAUUGCUGAACAAAAUCAAAUAUAAAAGAGGUGGUCUUUUUAUUAUCAAGACAAAUUGCACAUUUUUUGUUAAUUUAAAAUGUACCACUUUUAGUGGCAAUUGUCACAGAAUUUUCCAUUCCCCAUGUAACAUCCUUCCAUGAAGGAUUUCAUUUAUUUUAUGUGAACUGCAUCUUAACAAUUUUCAUUACCUUUUUGAUUUAGCGCACAGCAUGCACAGUGACAGUUAUUCACCUAGUGUACAGAUAAAAGAAUGUGCAGGUAUUCUCUCUGACAGAUCCAAUGGCACCCUCUGUUUUUAUAGUUUUACCUGAUGUCAUUUACUUUGAAUGUGGUCAGGUAGUGUUUUUGAAGCCAUAGGAGAAAACAAAAUGUGAUUCAUGUCCAGUCUGUUCUUUUUUUGUUGUUGUUUUGAUUUGCAAGAAGAGUUGAAAAAUAUUUUUGAUAAUGAGAGUAAAUGGUGGAAUGCCAUGUAGUUUUCUUGUCUUUAUUUGCACCUGACUAUUUUUUCAAUACCUCGAUUUUUUUUUUCUUCUUAAGGAAACUGUUUUGCAUUUGUAAUGUGAUUCUAUAUGUUGACCAAAAAAGAAUAAUCAAAUCAAUCACUAUGGAUUGGUGAUUGAACAUUACAAUCUCCCGAGUCUCUGUUUACUGCUCCACUGUGGUAUUAGAAAACUGGUGUAACCACAAUGGAAAGUUAGCAAUUCUUCAAAGUUGCAAAGUUUUACAAAAAUGGUUAAUAGCGAUAUUGUUAGGGUUCUAAACUAACCAGAUAUGGUAUUACACUGUGUUAGAGCAAGUAAUGUAAAGGUGGCCAGUGAAAAUGUAACAUGUACUUUUUCAUUUAAUCAAGGUUUUGGUUUUAGGUUAAGCCCUGGUUACAAUUUUGUUGUUGAUAGUUCAGGUUGCUGCAAACAACUUUCCCUGUUAUUACUGGUAUAUUCACUGCCACAUUUCUAAACCUGUAUUGAAAUGAUCAAUAAAUAUGUUAGUUUUGUA